AUGUCGGUAAGAAAUCGUACGGCACCCGGUCCCGACAAAAUAAGACCAGAACACCUGAAGAGCCUUCCGCCAGUACUCAUCAACACCCUGGCGAGGCUCUUUACACGUUAUCUGUCGGAAUGCAAGGUUCCUAAACAGUGGAAGACCAGCAAGACCGUGUUGUUGUAUAAAAAGGGAGAUCCACAUGGCAUCGGCAACUAUCGCCCAAUCUGCCUACUGUCCGUCAUCUACAAGCUCUUCACAAGAGUAAUCCUUAAUAGGAUUGAAAAAGUCUUGGAUGAAGGACAGCCAUGCGAGCAAGCAGGGUUUCGAAAAGGAUUCAGCACGAUUGACCACAUUCACACUGUUUCGAAACUCAUCGAGGUAUCACGAGAGUACAAGAUGCCGCUCUGUCUCACCUUCAUCGACUUAAAGAAGGCUUUCGACUCGGUUGAGACGGAAGCGGUCGUGGAAGCCUUGGACAACCAAGGUGUCCCUACUCAGUAUAUAAAGGUACUUCGAGAGUUGUACAGUAACUUCACGACCGGAAUUUCGCCAUUCUACAAGAACAUCAUCAUUGACGUGAAGAGGGGGGUCCGACAGGGUGAUACAAUUUCACCCAAAAUAUUCACAGCCACCCUCGAGAACGCAAUGCGAAAGUUGGAAUGGGACGACAUGGGAGUGAAGGUUGAUGGUCGGCAGCUACACCAUUUGCGCUUUGCUGAUGACAUCGUACUGGUAACACCUAGCAUCAGGCAAGCGGAACGAAUGCUGACCGAAUUCGACGAAACAUGUGGAUGCAUCGGUCUUCAGCUGAAUCUACAAAAGACGAUGUUCAUGCGGAACGGAUGGGUCUCGGAUGCCCCAUUCACGCUCAACGGAACGAACAUAUCCGAAUGCACCAGCUACGUUUAUCUGGGUCGGGAACUGAACAUGAUGAACGACCUGACCUCCGAGCUGGGCAGAAGGGCACGAGCAGCUUGGGAAGUAUAUAAGAGCAUCGAGGAUGUAGUGAAGAAGACCAGGAACACCCGACUCCGUGCUAACCUCUUCAACACCACCGUACUUCCUGCUUUGACCUAUGCUUCGGAAACCUGGGCAUUUCGCAAGCAGGAAGAAAACGCGGUGAGCGUCAUUGAACGCGCAAUUGAGAGAGUGAUGCUAGGAGUAUCCCGUUUCACGCAAGUGAGGGACGGGAUUCGAAGUUCUCUCCUACGUCAACGAUCGAAGAUUAGAUCGAAAACGAUCGAAGACGAUUAG